AUGAAUACUUUAAGUUCAAAUCCUAAAAAAACUAUGUUUUAUGCUGCUGCCUAAAGUAUUAAAUGUCUAAAUCUUUUAGACAUGUUAAAUUAACAUUCAAAUUAAUCAUCCAUGUCAAAUUUAAAACGAAGUUUAUUUCAAUUGGCCUUAGUUCCACCCAAUAAUCAAAGAGAAUAACUGAAUCAAUCAUUAAACAAUAAUUCUGAUAGAGCUAAGCAAAAUAUCUCUUUACCAAGAAAAAGCAACAUUUUUUAAUAGGAUAGAGAUAGAUCACUCUCAUAUAAAUUAAAUAACUCCAUUGAAAAUAAUACAUCUUAAGAACGUUUACAGAAUGCUUACAAUAUUAAAGGUAAUUUUUAAAAUGCAAAUGAAAAUCCAAGUUUACUUGUUGAAAAAGAAAUUAAAAAAUAAGAGUAUUGUUAAAUCAUUAUAUAGAUUGAAAGAAUAUUUAUUAAAAUAAAUUCAAGAAAAAUAAAUAUAAUAAAAAUAAGAGUAAGAACGAAUCAAAAUUGAAGAUAUUAAAGCUGAAGAAUUAGUUAAAAGAUAAUUAGAAGAUAUUAGAAUUAGAUAAAGAUCUAAAUUUGAAAUCCCUCCAUAAUCAUAAAUCUAAGGUAGUUUUUGA